GGCGACACGCCGUAUUCUCGAUCGCCGGAGCUCCGGGUAUCACAUAAACUGGCGGAGCGGAAGCGAAGAAAGGAGAUGAAGGAGCUGUUUGAUGAGCUGCGCGAUUCUUUGCCGGUCGACCGUAGUCUCAAGACAAGCAAAUGGGAGAUCUUGAGUAAA